AUGAACGAAAUCCCUCCCAAAGUUCCGGGCUACCUGGAAAUCAAUCACGAGCUCAUGAACGAGAGCGAUCGCAUCGAGAAGGACAUUGCCGACCUCGAAAAGCGGAUCAAGCGUAGGAAGACCAAGCUUCGAGGUAUCAGACGUCGAAUCAGGGAGAAUGAAGGGUCCAUGUGCUGGCCGUCGCGUUGCGCGAAGGCUUUGGCUGUGAGGCACUCGGCAGCCGAUGCAGCUCGAGAGCGGGCAUAUUGCGACGAAGUCAAAAAUCGCGCAUUCACCGAAACGGCACCGGUGAAAGCCGGCCAACAAUGUCAGCAACGUCUCCGAGCAUUGUGCGAUCAAGUCGCUGCAGGAAUUCCAUGCGAUGCUGGUGCUCGUGGCCUCGAUGGCAAGACUGGACCAGAAUUUAAAAUUGAAGGUGAUGCGACACUUGACGCUUCAAUCAGCAAAGGCGCAGGAUGCUCGUACACAGAAGACUUCAACACCAGCGCCAGCGGCAUCUCACUGAGCCCGAUGGGCCAGCUGGGACGAUGGGCAAAUGAAGGCGACACCAAGCUGAGCUCACAGCAGGCGGCUGGUGAUGUGCACUCCAGUCCAUCAAGCAAGCUGAGGCGUGGCGCAUCAGGGGCGCAAUCUGACCGUCAAAAAGCAACCAGCAGAUGA